GUUCUCGGGAAUGAAGUGUGCUCAAGGUGCUUUUGUGUUGUUAAUUUCGCUUGAGUGUGCUUACUCGGAUGGCGCAAUUUUCGAAAGACGCGGUAUGGUAUCGUUCGCCCGCCGUACAGUUCAGUCGCGUUGGUGGCUGCAUGCGAUUUGACGUAUUCCAAUCUGCGCGUAGUGAUGUCACUUGUGCUCUUAUUUAAUGAAAUCUCAGGCGUUCAUCGCGUAAUGUGCGAGUGAAUUGUAAACAUUGACAGUGAUAUUGUAGUAUUGUAGUGAUUUUUUCCAAAAGUGUAAUGGACUGUUACUAUUCCAAUUUUUUCCCGAGGCGUAAGUGACAAAUGGAAUCGUAUCUGCGGUGAUUGGGUACAAUCAUGAUGCAUCCUGCUGGAUACUACGCUAAUCUUGCGAGCGGCGCGCUCGCAGCCGGCACCAUUGCGUCUCCGUGGAGCACGGCGGCCGGCGCGCCCGACACCAACGGAUCGGGCGGCGCCGAUGCCAAGCACCUCGACGUUGGCGACGCGAGCGAUGAUGAAAAGGACUUGUCAGCAGCUGAUGCGGAGGGUGUAUGGAGUCCCGAUAUCGAACAAAGUUUUCAAGAGGCACUCGCCAUUUACCCCCCAUGCGGAAGACGCAAGAUUAUUCUCUCGGAUGAGGGCAAGAUGUACGGACGAAAUGAGCUGAUAGCGAGAUAUAUAAAAUUAAGAACAGGGAAAACGCGCACAAGAAAGCAGGUGUCAUCACAUAUACAGGUGCUAGCUAGGCGGAAACUUCGUGAAAUACAGGCUAAACUUAAAGUGGAUGGUGGUAUGAUGAAAGAAAAGGCCAUGCAGUCAAUGAGCACCCUCUCUAGCGCACAGAUCGUGGCGGGUCUGCCACAUCCAGCGUACCAUCAUACGCAAUUUUGGCAACCAGGUUUGCAAGCUGGGACUUCACAAGACGUGAAGCCGUUCCCGGGCGCCGGCUACAAGGGCGUGGCCGGCGUCGGCGGCGUCGGCGUGCCGGGCGGCGCGGACGUGGCGCCGCCGCCGCCCUGGGAGGGCCGCGCCAUCGCCACGCACAAGCUGCGCCUCGUGGAGUUCUCGGCCUUCGUGGAGCACCCGAGGGACCCGGACACGUAUCCGCCGAGUACAACGCUAUCACAACAUCUAUUCGUUCACAUAGGUGGUUCAGUCACAUACGCCGAUCCACUAUUAGAGUCAGUAGAUGUGCAACAAAUAAAUGACAAGUUCCCUGAGAAGAAAGGCGGCUUGAAGGAGCUCUACGAGAAGGGACCUCGGAACGCUUUCUUCCUGGUCAAGUUCUGGGCGGAUCUAAACACAAAUAAUUUAGACGAUCCCGGGGCAUUUUAUGGCGUUACUAGUGUAUAUGAAAGCAACGAAAACAUGACCAUUACGUGUAGCACAAAAGUGUGUUCAUUCGGGAAGCAAGUAGUCGAAAAAGUGGAGACGGAGUACGCGCGGUUCGAGGGCGGCAGGUUCGUGUACCGCAUCCACCGCUCGCCCAUGUGCGAGUACAUGGUCAACUUCAUACACAAGCUCAAGCAUCUACCUGAGAAAUACAUGAUGAAUAGCGUCUUAGAGAACUUCACUAUUCUUCAGGUGGUGUCAAAUAGAGAUACUCAAGAGACAUUGUUAUGUGCCGCGUUUGUGUUUGAAGUGUCGAACAGUGAGCACGGCGCGCAGCACCACAUCUACAGGCUCGUGAAAGACUGAACCACGCCCCCAGCCCUCCUUCCCUCCGCCUGUCCAUAGCUAUCAUUCCUUCGGCACACCAACUACUAAAUAACGACCUCACAAAUCUUCACCCCUACAAAGGUCUAAGUGCUUAGGUAGUUAUCUCCAAAAAAACCUUAUAUCCGUUGGUUACGUAAAGCAUAACGUCUGCUACGAAACUGUAGUCAUUAACCAGAGUGAAAAAAUAGAAAAACUAUGUGGCCCGAGCUAGACUGAAACCAGAUACCCAUUCACUAAAAAAUCGCCUUUAUGAAUUUUCCAAUCGCUCUUUUUUAUACUACGCCUACUCCGCACUAAAUUAGUAUAUUAAUUUAUAAAUAACAGAAACGUGUGCUAGAAAUCUUUCGUUUUUAAUAAUGGCAAAUAACUUAAGCCCUUGGUGAAUUACUUCUAUAAGAAAAACUCAGAACUAGAUUAGAACCAGAACAAUAAUAAAAACACAGUGACAUUAUUGCAGAGUUAUUAUUACUAUUACGGAAUUUGUCCUUUACUUCUUGACGUGUAUACUGUGUGGCGCUGAAUGCGCUGCUUUGGAACGGUUUUAUGACCCAACAGGGACUUGAACCCGCAACUUGGCUUUAAUGGAACUAAUUGCUCUUAACAAGUAUUCGACCAGUCAAGUACACUAAAAUGGCGACCGAAUUUGCGUUUCAGUGGCGAUAGCAGAGCACUCGGUAACCCAAUUAUUUAAAAAAAUUGGCUCUGGUGAAGACAGAGUUGUGUGGGCGAAGUCUGACUCUCGGACCACAUAGUUAUUAUUUGUUCCGCUUGAAUUAAAAACUUUAUAUGAUUUGACAGAUCUAGAAGAAAAUAUAUCUGUAAUUUGAUAGUGUUGCAAUCGUAACAUAGUAAAUUGUGAUCUGAAAAUAACGCUACAAUAUUUUUGUAACUAAAUGUUUAUUGUAUAGCUCAAUUUAAAUAAUUAUAUUUUAAUGAUUCGGUACUCUCGUUGUUCAGUUAGGUAGUUACAACAUCACGUUUGGGGUUUUCAUUCAGAUGUUCUUUUCAAGUUUUAAUUGUAAAUAGUGUUAGAGUGGCUAUUUCCAUAGAUUCGCUACAACUUGUUUUAUUACAAUUGCAACAAUACAAUACACUUUACAAUACUUUUUACAAUAAAAACUUGAAUUGACUCGUCAAGCGUUAUUUUAAACCACAGACAUUUUUCCUACAAAUCAAAAUAAUUGCAACAAAAGGUAGUCAAAUAUUUAAUUUCCCUUGGGUCUCAAAACCAUAUGUCAAGAGUUAUAUAAAUAUUUUACAUAAUUCUUAAAAUAUAAAACAAUAUCGUUCAGUAGACGCGUGUAAAAUAAUAUCAAAUAAGAAGAUAGAAUUGAAUACACACAGUGCCUCUAUAAUUAUGUUACAUUAACAUAAAUUACUUGAGCAUAUUUAAUCUUUUCACUGUGUAUUAUGAAAAAAAUUAUGGAAAAUAUUAUAAGAACAGUGAAAAGAUUGAAUCUUAGUGUAGGAUACCAUGAAUCAUUCAUAGGUUUCAUAUGUAAGAAUUAUUAAGAAGUGUCUAGUAAAUUAAAGACAAAAAGUUUUAACCAGUUGUUAAGCACUGUUGUGGUACAAUGUUGUGUUGAUUAAAAUAACCGAUAGGUUAAAUAAACCUAAAUGUGGCGAAUGGUGUUCUAUAAAUCUUUUUUUCUACUAACUUGAUGAAUAUUCUGUUAUUUAGUUUCUUAAGCAAAUGCCUUUUCAAACGAGAUAAAUCAAAUGGUCUUAAAAUACAAUGGCUUAGGCCCAGGCUAACCUCUUUCCAUUUUUUCCGAGCAUAGGUUGUUCAUUCAAUAUGAACGGCUGUUUUCUAUAAUUUCUACACUUUUCUUUGUUUUCCUUUUUUCAGUAAGCGAAGUCAAAUUUGUGCUUUGUUUUUGUUUUUUUGCUUGCCACAUUUAAUCUUUAUCUGAGCGAUAAAUUACUUACACACAGGCAAUAUAUUCAUGAUUUAUAUUAUAUAUUUUUAGAAAUACCUGAGAUCUAUAAACUUAUGUCUAACUUUAUCUCUAGCAUGAUCACUUCGAAUACUUUCAUAUCGGAGCACGAACCCCUGGCAGCUAGGUUGAAAGCAAUACUAUCACCCACUUCCAGUGAGAUCAUGUCCAACCAAUUCUUUUCUAUCUAAUUUACAGCAGCAACUUAGGCAUCUCGCUUUCAACUCUCAAAGUACAAAAUAAGUGUUGACACGUUACUCGAAACAACCUGCCGAUUAUACAAUAAGUAUUUACGUGGCAAUGAUUUGAUCUCUCUUUUAGUCAAAUAUUUUAAGGGUCCUCCCAUCAGCGCAACGACGUGCGCACAUUUAAGUUUAAACUGCGUUAAGGUUUAUGUGCAUUAAAUAGUUUUAGUUUCAAGACAUGAGGUAGGCAAAUAUUAUCUUAGAUAAUAACAAUAAGAGAUUUUUGUAUUUAUUUGAUAUAGUUAUAUUAGAUAAUUGUAAAGUGAAUAGUUUUAAGUUUUUUUUUUUAUAUAUGGCGAUGGUCGUUUCCGUUUGUAAAACUAAUGUCAUACUCGGUACUUAAAAAAACUUAGUUUUGGUUGCAAUUUCGACUUGAUUUAAUUAACAUAGGUAUCAAAGAAUUAGCCUUCUAUUGGCGUGUGAAAAAACAGAUCUAAUUUGUUGUGAUAUUAUACAUUUGUAUGGUUCAUUUUACUCAAAUGAGAUUAAAUGCUGUGUAAACAAAAUUGUCAAUGGUAGUUUACAUCUUUUAAUUUACUUUAUAGAUGGCAAUAAUGUGUAAAUUCAUUAUGUAAAUAGGUAUACCUUUAGCAAAGAGAAUUUGAAAUAGAGGUGGAUUGUCAAAUAAAACUUUGUAGCCACAGUAAAUUUACUGCCAUCUUUGAACACGUGAUUAAAACUUUUAGAACGCCAUUUGACUUUGAGCCUUAUUCUUUCACUGAUUUGUGUUAAAAUUGUUAAAUAUCAUAAAGUGGGGCCAUCUAAUAGAUCAUAGGCCAAAGGUAUGCCGGCAUCGUUUCGAGCGAUGGCGCCAUAACCUAAUCUACGGUAGCUACAGUUUUCUUUGACAAUCCACCUCUAUUUCAAAUUGUCUUUGACCUUUCCUUUAGUGCAUUUCUUUCCGCUAGUGUUCUAAGCGAUCUUCGCUUUUAAAAGUCUUUCAUAUCGACAAUCUGCCAUAUCAAACUAAAAAUAUAAAAGAUUUAGUCGGCAGCGUUGCAGACAAUCAUUUGCUUUUCGUUAUUAAGAUUAUGCAAUAGUAUUUUCUUGAAAAAUGAUAUUUUCUUUUGAUAUGUUUAGUAGUAGGUAAAUGAUUUUCUACAAGACCAGCCGACUUUAUGUACAGUAUUUUAAAGAUAAUAUUACGUUAAAGAUUUGUAUGAAAAUUUAAUUAUAUUGUCUUCAUAAAA